AUGAGACUUUCUUCCCUUGCCUACUCGGCGACCAUUUGCACGUUUGCCGGCCAAAUUGCAAAUGCGGCCAUCACAUUAGAUAUUGAGGAUCCAGAGUCAAUAAAGCAAGCGGCAGGUCGAGCAGCAUGGGAUAUGAUGCAGUAUUACACAGGAAACGAGACGGGAGAUGUACCUGGGAACUUGCCAGAUCCAUAUUUUUGGUGGGAGUGCGGAGCAAUGUUCGGAUCACUAAUUAAUUACUGGUAUUAUACUGGAGAUACAACGUACAACGCCAAUGUCGAGCAAGGAAUGCUACACCAAGCAGGACCAGAGUUCGAUUUUAUGCCCAUCAAUCAGUCAAAAACGCUAGGAAACGACGAUCAGGGAUUUUGGGGUUUGGCAGCAAUGACGGCAGCAGAGACAGGAUUUCCAGAUCCUCCCACAGGACCUGGAUGGCUCGCCCUCGCUCAAGCAGUAUAUAAUACGCAAGUGCCUAGAUGGGACCCUUCGUGUGGCGGUGGACUGAGAUGGCAGAUUUUCCCAUUCAACACCGGUUUCAACUACAAGAACAGUAUCUCAAACGGAUGCUACUUUGCUCUGGCAGCGAGGUUGGCCUUGUACACGGGCAACACAACCUAUGCAGAUGAGGCAAUCAAGACCUGGAAUUGGAUGUGGGAUAUCAACCUCAUCAAGCAUGAUACAUACUGGAUCGUAGACGGAGCGCAUAAUACUGACAAUUGUACCGAGAUGGAUGGUAACACAUGGACCUACAACAGCGGCGUUUUCCUGCUCGGGGCUGCCGCAAUGUAUAAUCAUACAAACGGUAGCACGAUUUGGAGAGAACGAGUGGAUGGUCUAAUAGGCGCGGGAAAGAAGUUCUUCAUCAACGACGUAUUGCACGAAGGCUGUGAACCUGCGGGGACAUGCAACGUAGAUCAGCGAUCUUUCAAAGCGUAUUACUCCCGCUGGCUGGCGGCAACCGCGAAACUCGUUCCAUAUACCCACGACAACAUCACUCGCGAAUUUAAAGCAUCGGCCGUUGCAGCUGCUUCCACAUGCUCAGGAGGAUCCACCGGAACAGCUUGUGGGUUAAGGUGGACAGAGGGACCUGUUCAUGAUGGCAGCGUCGGCGUUGGAGAGCAGAUGGCCGUGAUGGAAAUCAUACAGAGCAAUCUCGUAGACGCAGCUCCAGCUUGGAAAAGUGAAGUCCUGGGCACAGGAACGAGCAAGGGAGAUGUGAAUGCUGGCACCGGGUUGACUGAUGGGGACCAUUUGACCGGUGUUAAACGAGUAACGAAUGCGGAUAGAGUUGGAGCCGGUAUUCUGACGGCGUUGGUAUUACUAGGUGUAAUAGGGGGCAGUACCACGAUGUUACUUUCUGAUUGA